AUGGAGAACAUCGUUCCUGUGACACAUAGCUAUCCUCGUCUUUUUACAAGACAAGUCCUUGAGUUGUGGGACUACCAAUGGAACCCGGUCCGCCAGCAGUAUGACCGGGUCUGUUUUAGGCCAUUACAUCUAUUUGAGGAUGAGGCAAACCCCCAGGACCCCUCUGAUGGAGAGUUUUACAGGCCUAACCCCAUCAUGGUAAAUGAGUUGGAAGAAGCUGUUCAGCGGAGGAUGGUGCCCCCUGCUAGACCGACGCCGCCGCCCAUGCUUGAUGAGUUGGAAGAAGCUGUUCAGCGGAGGAUGGUGCCCCCUGCCAGACCGCCGCCGCCCAUGCUUGGUGCCAGGAGCCCGAGACCAGGAGCCAUUGCCGCCAUUCCAGUAGCCUCCCCAGCGGUGCCUGAGUCCCCAGCCAGUCCGGAUCCUUCAGAGCCAUACUCCCCUACAGAUACUCCGACGAAGAGGGUCACACCGUCGCCUCCUCCCUAUUCUCCCAACAGGCUGUUAUGUGACCGUUCUUACUUUGUGGCGAGGCAGGACCACCAGUACGCGCUGCCAAUGGACUGCCCGGACAAUCGGCCACCUAGACCAGCGGGACCCUUUUCGCCAGCGAAUCCGCCUCUCCAGCCCGCUCCUCAGCCUCGAAGAACUCCAAUCAGGAGGAGAGCGCCAUCUCCCCCCCCCCCCCGAGCUGUAGGACGUGGAAGAGGAGGGCCUUAUCCCGCAGGGAGAGAAAGAACACGGGGACCUAUACCAUCCGAGGACUCCGCUUUCAGCCGUCCUUCUCUACCCAUGGGCCGUGCGAGGAAUCUAUUUGCGGAUUUUAUCCCAAAUAUUGCCAGUCCGCCGCCAUCUUCUCCUCCGCCAGCCAUGGUGCGCACCUUCCCUGGUCCUCAGCCUCCCAGGACUCCGCGGGGGUGUUAA